AUGCAAACUGGAUAUGAGCCACUGCCAGACUGGCGGGCCAACACAAACCUUAGCUUCGACGGGUCAAAGCCGCUUCUGGUCCACGAAACUGUCGAGGCAUUGAUGCAGUUUGGUGGACCCCAUGCUGUGUACGUAGAUGGCUCCUUUGGGCAGGGUGGUCAUGCAGCAGAGAUUCUGCGAAGAUUAGCAGCUGAUGGUCGGCUGAUCGCAUUCGAUGUGGACCCGCGAGCAGGGCAGCUGGCAAUGCACAUGGCUGCAUUGGACACAAGGCUUGACUUCCACGGACGGCGAUCUUCGGAAAUGGGCUCCGUAGCAAACUAUGGAGUUGCGGGCAUCGUCUUGGACAUGAGCCCGCAAAUGACUGCCGCCGAAGAGAGAGCACGUGGCCUUUCCUUCGUGGAAGCUGUGCCGCUUGAUGGUCGCAUAGGCCGAAAUUCUGACGGUGGACAGCUCAAGUCUGCAGCAGUUUGGCUGCAGACAGUGAGCUUAUCCGAGUUGGCCUUUGUCCUACAAGAGUAUGGAGAGGAGUGGGUCUCGCCCCUGCAGGCAUACAGACUGGCUGAAGCAAUCCUGCAUCGACAGGCCGACAGAGGUCCCUACCGAUCGACCUUGGAGCUGGCGGAUGUUUGUGUUGCAGUGAAAGGCUUGGAUGACCGGGGAUUGCACCCGGCGAAGCUGCCUUUUCAGGCGAUCCGCUGCUUCCUUAACGAAGAGCUGGAGGAACUCCGGAAGACCCUGGAGGUUUCACUCGAGUCGCUUCAGGUGGGUGGCCGACUUAUUGUCCUUACAACGCGGCGCAGGGAGGCGACGGAGGUGAAACGCUUCAUUCGCGAGUUCGAAGCUCCCGAUAUGAGGUUUGCCGAGUUCGUAACACCACAGCGAUUCGCUGAGCUCUUUCCGUUGGCGGCCACAGACCUUCCCUAUUCUUGCCGCCAACUUUGUGAACCAAUCCGGGCAUCGGCGCUGGAGGUGUCUCGCAACCCACGGGCCAAAGCAGCUUUGCUUCAUGUCUUGCAGAAGGAGGAGCGUCCUCUGGGGCCUUGUGAGGAGCUUGGAGUUGUUGGAUUAGUGCCGAGACCUUUGCAUCAGCAAUUUCGGAAGCCUACGCCGCUUCCGUUUCACGGCUCCAACGGCUCACCCCAGUCGGAUGCACAGGAUCCCAGCCUCGGACAGAUGCCAGCAUUGCCCAGAAAAAGCUGA